AUGAGGAAGAACCUUAUGGAGAAAACCAGCAUCACUGUCCCCUCAGAGAAGAAUGCUUCAACCACAGUCAUAAGCACCAGUCAUUCCCCAGUGGACAUAAGUCCCAUGAACCUGAUCAUUGCCAUCUUUAUGUUAGUGUCCUUCCUUGUGGGGAUAUUGGUCAACGGGCUUUUCUUAUGGGUGCUGGGGAUUAAGAUGAAGAAAACAGUGAAUACCCUCUGGUUCCUCCACCUGAUUCUCACCUAUGUAACCUCUUCUUCCUACUUACCUUUCCUGGCUGUCCAUGUCCUCCUUGGCUUCCACUGGGUCUUUGGCAUAGCGAUGUGCAAAGUUAUCAACUCUGUCGGUUCACUGGGGAUGUUCACCACAGUCUUCCUCCUCUCCAUCAUCAGCCUGGACCGCUACCUCCUUGUCCGCCACCCUAUCUGGUCCCAGUAUAACCGCACUAUUUCCCGGGCACGGAGACUGAUCGCAGGAGUGUGGCUCACUUCUCUCGUCCUGAGUGUUCCCUACCUGGCAUUCCGGGAGACUCGAGUGCUAGAGGAUGGCAGAAUUGAAUGUGCCAACAAUUAUGCCAUCUCCAGUGACGGGGAUGGUCCCAGAAUAGAAGCCCUGAAGCAUCGCAUUCACUGGACUCUCUUUUUGGUUCGGUUCCUGCUGGCCUUUGUGAUUCCCUUCUGCAUCAUCAUGGGCUGCUACUGUGGACUGGGAUGGGAAAUGAAGAAGAAAAGGCUGGCGAGGAACGGAAAGCCCUUCAAAGUCUUGGUGGUUGCCGUGACCUCCUUCUUCAUUUGCUGGGUACCCUAUCAUCUCUACCAUGCUUCGUUGCUGUUCAAGGAAACACCUGAUGGAUUACGACUGUAUCUGCGAGCAAUUUUUAUCAUCGUCAUGUGUUUGAAUUUCUGCGUCACCCCCAUCCUCUAUCUCUUUGUUGGGGAGAAAUUCCAGGACGUCUGCAAGACGUCCGUUCAUGCUUUGCUGAAGAAAGCUUUUGUGGAUACCUCCAUCCUAACUGAGGAUGAUGCCAGUGAUAAUGAUGAAGGCCACCCAAACAACAACCAAAGCUACUUGUAG